AUGACAGACAGAGACCGUUGUGCACUCCUCGCCGACUUCGUGACUAUUGAAUGGGAUAACUCCAUUGGAAACCCUUCGGUGGCUCAAUCAUCGGCGGCAGAGUGUGAUAAAGAUGAGAUAUCGUCAACUGAAAGCGAUGAAGAUGAAAUACAAUCUGACUUGCCCUUAAAUGAAAUGAGGAAUCCAGAAAUAGGGAUGGAGUUUUCAUCUGAGGAGGAUGCUUACAAAUUCUACAAAAAAUAUGCUGAAGAGGUUGGGUUUUCUGUAAGGAAAGGGAAAGUGCAAAGGUUGGCGAAUGGAACCAUUAGAAAAAGAAACUUUUUGUGUUCAAGACAAGGUUUCAAAUUGAGAAAGAUAUCUAACAAGACCACAAAGUAUGAGAGAAAAGAAACAAGAACAGGUUGCAAUGCAUAUACACAAUUUACGGUUGAAGAUGGCAAAUGGGUAGUCUCCAACUUUAUUCUUGAGCACAAUCAUGAAUUUGACAAGCCAAGACAGAAGCAUGCAAUGAAUUCGGUUGGGAAUAAUGUCAUUGAGGUUCCAACUUCAACGAAAACCACUCCUGAUAAUGUUUGGCUUCAGCAAGUGGAUGCUGUAAAGUAUGGCUUGCCCGAUAAUAGAUCAUUCAACACGUUUUUACAAGCAGAAGAUGUCCAAGACCUAAUGAAUCUCUUUUCAGACCUACAAGUGAGAGAUCCAUCGUUUUUCUAUGCAAUCCAGGUUGAUGCUGCAAACCACAUGACUAGUUUCUUCUGGAGGGAUUGUGGGUCAAGGAUGGAUUAUAGUUGUUUUGGAGAUGUUGUCGUUUUCGAUUCAACAAUUCGAGUUGACAACAUGAUUUAUGCUCCUUUUUGGGGAGUUAAUCAUCAUCAUCAACGCGUCUUGUUUGGCUGUGCACUUUUGCUUGAUGAAAGUUUGGAGUCAUUUCUUUGGUUGUUCAAGGUUUUUGUGACAGCAAUGGAUAACCUCCAACCAAAAACAUUAUAUAGUACAGAUGAGUCUCAGGCAAUAUCAACUGCAAUAGAGAAGGUACUUCCAAAAACUCAGCACCGUCUUUUUGUGAACUGUAUCUGCAAAAAUGCCAAAAAACACCUCUCAGCAUAUUUUGAUCUUCCUGGUUUUGAGAACCUCUUUAAAAAAUGCAUAUUUGAUUGUCAAUCAAAGCAAGAAUUUGAAUCGCAGUGGGAUUCGUUAUUGGCGCAAUAUAAUCUUAUUCUUCGAGAAAAUCCCUGGCUUACUACUCUGUACAGUUUAUGGGAAAAAUGGUCUCAUUUGUUCAGUAAAAAGACCUUUUCUGCUGACAUUGGUUUACUCUUCAAUACCCCAAACAUCAAUGUUAGUGAGAUCAUGUCUCUCCCUGACUUUGUUCAGCAGUAUGUUAAAGAGGCGAAGCAAAGGCGCCUAGAAGAAUUGUGUGAAGAUUCAUGCUGCAGAAAGAUGGUGCCAGUAAGAUCAAGAAAAGGGAUGGAGAAACAUGCAGAGGACAUAUAUACUAGCACAAUGUUUAAGAAAUUUCAAGAUGAAUUGCUUGAUAGCUUAUCACUAGCAAUUGAAGAAGUGACAAGUUCGGGAAACAUUUCCGCGUUCAAGUUGACCGAAGAAGGCCACAAGAAAGAAGAUAUUGUGACAUUUGAUUGCUCAAGUUCCACAGUGACAUGUAGUUGUGGAAAAUUUGAAUCAAUUGGCAUUUUAUGUGGCCAUUGUAUAAAGGUUCUCAAUGCAAAAAAUAUCUUCGAAAUACCAUCCCAAUACAUUUUGAAGAGGUGGACGAAGAGUGCCAAGGAAGUAGAGGUGGUUGAUCAUGUUGAUCAUCACUCUGAAAACGAUCAUGCGUCGAGGAAGAACCAAAGGCAGGCGAGUUCGUAUUCGAGAACUGUCAUGCACAAAGCUUUACAAAUCAUUAACAAAAGUAUAGGGAUUGAGGAGAGUAGAAAAAUGGUCCAGAGUUCUCUAGAUUUUGCGUUGAAAAGGGCUGAUGAAAUUCUGAAAGAAAAAGGGAUGGAGCGGACUAUUAGCUCAACAAGUCUAGAAGUCAAAGUUGACCGCGUAGCGUGUUGUGGGAUAGAUGGUGCUGUUUCUAAUAGAAACCAGAAGAUGACAUCAAACUCUUCAUGCGUCAAUCAAGAGCAAGGAUCAAAGAAUAAACUGAAAAAGAGUAUAAAACAUGGAUUCACCAAAACAAUGUAA